AUGACUCAUGGCCUCUCCGAGCCGAGCGCGGCGAUUGUGCGUGAAGCGCGAAAGAAAUACGAAUGGAUGCUGUCACGAAGAAUUCGUCAAAAGUCGAAGGAUGAUGUCGAAGCGAUCUACAAAAUCGCCAAGUUGAUGGGCGCUGUGAAAAGUCUUGUGGACCUUGGCUUCAAACGUGCUCCAUACUUCUCGCGAUGUGUCGCCUUGAAUAUUUGCGGUUUACGAGGUCGACUCCCCAGC